AUGCCUGGAAUGGGUCUCAGGGCUCUCCCGUCAAAUAUCGUAGGCUGCGCUACGACACUCGAUGAGGGUGCACUGAGCGCAAGGGCACCAGCCCUAGCAGCGUUUUACCUCCAUGCUCCCCGCGUUAUCACUAAACAUGGUAGUGAUAUUGUCCGUCCUAUCAUUUUGACUACCAUGGUGAACCUAAUCUAUAUAUACACCCAGGCUGGGUUUCAGUACAUGCAUUACAAUUAUGGUAUUCGUGUGUUGAGUGGAGGAAGCAAAACAGAAGGGACGCCACCAGACUCAGAUUAUGAUAUCUCACGCGCUGCUAAAAUUAGUGCCAGUAAUACUUGGGUGUUUCCUCAAAAGGUGGGAGUGUCACUUGGCGCCAUUGCAAGUUCCUUCGUGAUGUAA